AUGGCACAUGCACUCCUUGCUCCUGUCCUGUUGGUCAAUACUAUCGGAGUGCAGAUUGCAAUCUGCUCUGCCGGUCAGUACUCGGUAGGAUGCGGUGGGAACCAGGCUGGCCAGUGCUAUCCUUGUGCAAACCUGCGCACUGUCAAGAAUUGCGGUGCAUCGCAAUACGUGUCUGAUUGCACAACAAGCGCAACAUGUGUUGAUUGUCCUGCAAACACAUUGAUGGUCUCUGGGAUCGCAGACAAGAGUGGAUGCUCGUGUAAGCCAGGAUUUUAUCAAAGCGGAACGAAUGCUUUCGAUUGCACUGUCUGCGCACAGGAUACAUACAGCGACACGGUGGGAGGAGCAGCAUGCAGAUCAUGUCCUGUUGAUUCGAGCAAUGGUAAGCAGGGAUCGCAAACGCUCGCUGAUUGCAAGUGCAAGGAGGGAACAUACCUUCAGACGGUGAGCUCAGGCUUCCAAUGCCUUCAAUGCAUCCCUGGCUACUUCUGCACAGGAGGAAGCAUCACCUCCUGUCCCAUUGGCACAUUCUCUGCAAUCACAGGAUACGUCACAUCAUGCACAUCCUGCCCCUCUGGUGCUUACACGGUUGAGAGAGGAUCUACAAGCGAUGCGCAAUGCCUCUGCAAUGCUGGAUACGUCCUCAACGCCGCUGGCACCGCCUGCGUUGCCUGUGCCGCCGGCUCCUACAAGGAGCUCGCAUCGCAGACCUCCUGCUCCCUCUGCCACGUCGGUAAGUAUUCAACAGUUGCAGCCUCGGAUGACCCCUCUAAUUGCCUCCCCUGCCCUUCCAAUUCCAAUACCUCAGCGGACGGGGCGGGUUCGCUAUCCCUAUGCAAGUGUGCAAUUGGCUAUUUCGGGUCGUCGGGCUCGGCGCCUUGCACGGAAUGCGGCACCGGGACCUUCAGUAAUUCCCUCGGGGCCUCGGCCUGCACCUCUUGCUCUGCGAACUCUGCCUCCCUGCCGGGGGUGCUGCGGACGUCUGCGAGCUGCGUUUGCAAUGCGGGAUACAGCGGAACGGGGACUGUGUGCACGGCUUGCGUUGCCGGCACCUACAAGGCGACGGUCUCGAAUGACAACUGUGUCCUCUGCCCGAUCAACACUUACUCGACGGCCGUAGCGGCAGUGUCCGCGAGUGUCUGCACCAACUGCCCGGCCAAGACCGGCGUCACGGGGACGUCGCGCGGAUCCCUCUCGAGUUGCCAAUGCCUGCCAAACUUCUACGGCACUGGGACAACAUGUUCCGCCUGCGCCGGUGGCACGUAUUCCGAGGGCCUUGGCAAUACGGCCUGCCUCACCUGUGUCACCGGGAAGCCCGCAUGUGACUAUCUCUCCUGCACUGGGACGACGGUGUUUGUCAGCACUGGUGUGUGUGUGAAUUGUCCCGCCGGCAGCUACAAGGGGACUACCGUGGGAAGCGUGCCCGACUGCAUCCCGUGCCCUCCCAACACGACCAGCGUCGCUGGCAGCGUUGGUAUCGACGCUUGCUCCUGCCUGCCGGGGUUCUCGGGAGUGAUCACCGCAUCGAGCACCGUUUGCACGCUCUGCAAUGCCGGCCAAUACUCCUACGCGGGCUCCUGUAUCGCCUGCCCUUUGGGCAAGACCAGCGUCUCCUAUGCGCAGAGCGAGGGCGACUGCUUCUGCACCGGGCUUCAGUACUCCGGGCUGGACCGGGUCUGUAGGGAUUGCUUCCCCGGAACCUACAGCGAGGACGGCAUCAGCUGUCGUUCAUGCCCGAAUGGUUUCGUGGCUCUGCAAGGGUCCGCGGGGUGUGGGUGCCCGGCGAACACCAUCCACGGCCUGAACGGGGUGGCGUACGUCAGUGUGGAGUUCCAGGGGGUGUGCGCAAGGCGUCCUCUCCGGGGCAUCUCUGUUGCAUCAUCUGUCGUCAUCUUCGACAACGGGUUGUGCUCCGUGCUUGUGCGCUGGAACACGGACAUGUUCACUCUGAGUGUCUUUGACGUAGAUCUCGGUUUAGACAGCUCGGACAGCAUCUCCGUCUCAACGUCAACGGGGUCGGACUGCCUCGGCUCCACUCUGCAGAAGGUGAUUACCCCGGCGGACGUUGGGUUUGGCUAUCAGGAUUCAUUCUACAAGUCUAUCGGGUGUGUCAGGAUCGAUUCGUGGAUGGGGGGGUUGCAACCGGCCUCCUUCACAAUGCGGGCGUCUGUCAAGUGCACACCUUGCCCGUCGGGGAAUUACAAGCUCGGCUCGCAGGUCGACUCUUCGUCCUGCAGCUGUGCCUACGGCGCAGAUACAGGGCACUAUGCAACCUCUAGCGGGGUGUGCAAUCCCUGCCCGAUCAACUCGUACAAGCCAACGAGGAACUCCUCCGAGGCCGCCUGCCUGCCCUGUCCCGAUGGGUCCACCGCGGACUCAGGGAGCGUCAGACUCACCGAUUGCAAGUGCGCCGCGAUGCAGUAUCUGAACGUCAGCCUGGCGCUCUGUAUGCGUUGUCCCUGGGGGAAGUACUCGUCGGCAGGCGCCACCUCCUGCACAAGUGACCCAACCUAUCAGACUUGCGGUGUUGGGCAAGAGGGGACGUCUUGCACGGCUUGCCCGGUGGGUAAAUACAAGGGUAUCAUCGGCAGUGGGUCUUGCACUGCCUGCGCCGCGGACUCUACAACGCUGCUCGCUGGGCAGCACUCGUACGCUGCAUGCAAGUGCAAUGCCGGUUUUGCGUCCAUUUCGGGGUACUGCCUGAGAUGUGAGAAUGGCAAGUAUAAGGAUUGGAUCGGGGAUGAAUCCUGCUGGGACUGCGUGAAUGGAAUCACCGCAGGCAAGGGCGAUUUUUGCGUCUGCAAUCCGGGGUUCCAGGGCUCUCCGUGUGUUGCAUGCCGGGCGGGGUUCGCCAAGGCAGAUCCGGGGAGUUUCGAUUGUGAGAUCUGCCCCGGUGGCAGCUAUUCGCCUGUGAAUGCCUCGACCUCCUGCUUGCAGUGCCAGGGCAACUUCUACUCCACGGCAGGUAGCACGUACUGCCAUGCCUGCCCAAGCAACUCUGUCUCGAACUCGAGCUCGUCCUCCCCCGAUGCCUGUCUUUGCAACCGGGGUUACACUGGGAAUGCCGCUGUUGGAUGCACCGCCUGCCUCCCGGGGACCUACAAGGAGAGCGUUGGUUCUCAGGCAUGCGAAACCUGCGCCGAAGGCAACGAGGGACCAUUGGCCUCGGUCACAAGAUUCCACUGCGUAUGCGCUCCCGGGUACACGAGGGACGCGGAGGGUUAUUGCAAGCCAUGCCGUGUAGGAACCUGGAAGGCCAAGAAGGGUGAUUCGCAGUGCUCCGCCUGCCCGCUAUCCACCACGACCUGGCAGGAGGGCACAACCGCGAGGGAGUCCUGUGUUUGCAUGCCAGGGUUUUACACCGUCGGCCCUGCACUGUGCGCGCUCUGCAAUGAGAACUACUACAACGAUCAGUACAACGCGAGCAUCUGCCAGAAGUGUCCGAUGUUCUCUACCAGCAUACAGGGCAGCGCAAGGAUCGAGGACUGCAUUUGCUUCCGCGGCUUUACUCUAAAGAAUGGAGAUUGCACUGCCUGCCAGGCCGGUUCCUACAAGAACACGCUGGGCAGCUCUCCCUGUGUCAAUUGCCCGGCGAAUUCCAUUUCCCUCCCCGCCAACCCGGACUCGCUCAAGUGCUUCUGCCCCGUGGGAUACACGGGGAACAACGGGGCGGUCUGCACCCCCUGCGACUUCAACACCUACAAGGAUGUCAACUUCUCCACCGCCUGCAAGCCAUGCCCUCCGGACUCUGUGACUGUGAGCCGCGGCUCGACGUCCGUAUCGGAUUGUGUCUGCAAGAUGGGACAUUACAGGCUGCAGGACUCGUGCGUAGCGUGCCCUCAUGGCAAGUACAAGGGGGUAAUUGGCGACCAGGCCUGCACUCCCUGCCCGUUGUUUCAGACCACGGCAAAGACUGGUAUGCUCUAUGCGGAAUCCUGCUAUUGCAACGCUGGCUACUCGGGACUGGAGGGGGUCGGCUGCUCUGCCUGCCCCGCGGGCUCGUAUCAUUCGGGGGAGGCUCUGAUGGCAAUCGGAGAUGUCAGCAGCAUCGCCAGGUUCAAGUCGGGGGAUUCCGUCUCCUCGCUUCUGUACGCUAUCCGGACUCUGGAUGCCGUCGUUCUCCUCACGGUGGCUAUCCCCGCUAGCAUCAACGCGGGCUUCCAGGUAUUGCAGAUAGGCUCCACAUCGCAGCAGCUCUGGGUAGGGGUUGUUUGGUCUUCCUCCCCCGUCUUUCGGGUCCGUGCGGGGGACGGCAGCGUGAGUGUCGUCUCUGGGAAUGCAUACCCCGGGCUCGCCUACGCCGAUGUCCCGUUGGCCUCUUUGCCUAGGGGGCAGUGGGAGAUGAUCAUUCACGUCACCGUAACACCCGGGAAGGUGGAGGUUUGGAGCAAUCGGCAAUGGCUCGCGGCGGGAAAGACCUCGGAUGGCUUGCCGCUCAAGGAUUUCCUGUGGGCCGACAGCACCUCGAGUACCUUUGGCUCUGCCUACACGGCCUCUGAUCUUUUCCUGUAUUCGGGCCUCUCUGCCACUUCCAACGUGUUAGGGCAGGUUUGCAGGGCUUGCGGGAAUGGCAGCUACUCGGUCGGCCUUGCAACCUCGGUCACGGAUUGCAUCUGCCCCGCUGGAUACUCGGGUGGUGCAGGGCUGGACUGCAAUAUGUGCCUGGCAGGGAAGUAUCUGCGUGCCUCGGGUGACUCGUCCUGCCAGGACUGCCCCAAGGAUUCCAACUCCCCGGUUGCCAGCACCGCCAUCUCUCAGUGUGUCUGCAACGAUGGGUUCAUCGGCACCGGAGAGACACAAUGCACCGCGUGUGGCAUUGCAAAGUUCAAGUCCUCCGCCACGGUCUGCACCGACUGCCCGAUGUUCUCCAGCUCCCCUUAUGCAUCCAACAGCAUCGAAAGCUGCCUGUGCUUUGCGGGAUACAUUGUAAAUGCAAGCCAUGAAUGCACGCCCUGCAAGGGCAACCAGUACAGGCUGACGAGCACCUCCUGUGCCUCCUGCCCGGAGCAUUCGGCCUCUCUCCCGGCCAGCAACAGCAUCGAGGACUGCAUCUGUAAUGCCGGAUACGUCCGCAUAGGGCAGACCUGUGUCGCAUGCCUUGCGGGCCAGUACGAGAGCAACGGGGUCUGCCUCCCCUGCCCAACCAAGUCUACCUCCGCGAUUGCCAGCUCUGCCAAGACGGAUUGCAAAUGCCGGCUGGGAUACACAGGGGCGGACGGCUCGGAUUGCGUCGCCUGCCAAGAGGGGAAGUACAAGGACUCGCAGGGAUCUGCCGCCUGCAAAGAGUGCUAUGGCGGCGCAAGCUCGCCUUUUGCCUCCGUGUCCGCCUUUGAUUGCUUCUGUGAGGCUGGCUUCGAGGGGAGCGCAGAUGGCAAGUGCCAGGCCUGCAGCCCGGGGAAGUUCAAACCCAGUGAUGGCAAUCAGGCUUGCACCAGCUGCCCCGCGGACACAACUUCCUACUACUACGGAUCCAAGACAGAGCUGGAUUGCAUGUGUGUUGACGGAAUGGUGGGGCAGCCCGGGGGCCCUUGCCAGCCUUGCAACCAGAGCACCUACAAGAUCACCUACCUCACCUGCCAACCUUGCGGGCUGGGGUAUUACGCCCCCGUCAAGAGCAAUGCCAUAUCCGAUUGUGUUUGCGAUGUGGGAUAUGGCAACGAGCUUGGCACUUGCAACAUGUGCCCUGUAGGAAAGUUCAAGGACUUCACCGGUGAUUUGCCCUGCACACCCUGUGGGGAUACAACGAGCACGAUACAGGAGGGCUCCGUAAGCUCAACCGAUUGUGUGUGUGAUGUUGGGUACUACCUCGAUGGCAUCUGCAAGGCCUGCCCCGAGGGCAAGUACAAGAAUUUCACUGGGAGCGGGAACUGUCUGGCAUGCUUCGACAAGGCAACUUCCCGACCUGCAAGCACGAGCAUCAAUGACUGCAUCUGCCAGGAUGGGUACGAGCAAUUCGGUUGGCAGUGUGUGGUUUGCCCACCCAACUAUGACUUCAACAAUGCCACCAAGACCUGCGAUGCCUGUGUUGGUUUCCGGCGCACCGUGCAGAAUGGUGUCGUGACAGAGUUCUGCACCUGCCCGGCUGGAUUCAGCGAUGCGUCGAGCUCGUCCUGCCUUGCCUGUGCCGCCGACAGCUUCCGCCCCUUCUCGCAAUCCAACCUCUGCCUGGGCUGCCCGCUGCACUCUACCACCAACGGGAUCGAGGGCUCCCCGUCGUCUCUCUCUUGUGCCUGCAACAUGGGAUACACGGGGCCGGACGGGGGCAACUGUUCUGCCUGUGCCGAGAGCACCUACAAGAACGUCACUGGAAACGCCACAUGUGAUCAGUGCCCUGUGCAUUCCUAUUCACCGUCGUCUAGCGAGAGCCGGUACGACUGUGAGUGCAUGCCGGGAUACACCGGCGUGAACGGAUUUGACUGCACCGCCUGUACCAACAACACAUUCAAGAGCGCCUACGGGGCUGGGCAGUGCUUCAGCUGCGGCGAUCACUCCGUCGGCCCAUCGAGCAGCACCUCCAAGUCUUCCUGCUCCUGCGAUGUCGGGUAUACACCCAAGGACAGCUACUGUGCCCCUUGCGAUUUCAAUUACUUCAAGAGCACGGUUGGCAACGUUCUCUGUACGAAAUGCCCAUCGGACACUGUGACCACCACGGUUGCAUCCGAGACUUCAGAGGAUUGCGUGUGUGUUGGCGGGCUGUAUCUCAACGCAUCCGGGCAGUGCCAGGGGUGCAGGGAGGGUUUCUACCUGAAUCCCACCAAUGCCUUCUGUCUCGAAUGCCCCCAGAACAUGACAUCGUCGAGAGACUCGCAGUCCUAUGCCGCAUGCCGAUGCCUGAAGGGCUACUACGGCAGCGUCGGGGGUUAUUGCACGGCCUGCCCUGAGGGGAAGUACAAGGACUACGAGGGUCCGGGGCAGUGCUAUGACUGCCUAGGAACAGAGACCAGUGCGCUGGGAAGCACGUCAUCGUCCGACUGUGUCUGCAAUCCAGGGUAUACAUCCAUGCUUGGCAUCUGCAUGCAGUGCAGCUCGAAUACCUUCAAGAGUGGGAUCGGUGACUUUGCCUGCACCCAGUGCCCUGGUAAUUCCGCCAGCCCCUCAGGGUCGGUGGAUGGCUCGCAGUGUGUUUGCAACUCGGGAUACGAGGGGGGAUACCCGUCGGGAUGCCAGGCAUGCAACUCUGGCUACUACAACGACGACGGGCGCGUGGCCUGCAAGCCGUGCCCGCCCAACACGCAGUCGGCGCUUCACUCUACCCGCCUCACCGACUGUGUCUGCCUGCCUGGUUACUACGGUUCCAACGGGGUGGAGUGUGUUGGAUGCGCUGCUGGCAAGUACAAGGCACUGGCGGGAGACUCUCCCUGCCUCGACUGUCCUGCCUUUUCCAAUUCCUCCGCGCUAUCCACCGCACGCACGGCCUGCAGCUGCAACCCUGGAUCUUACGGCCCUGCCGGGGGGCCUUGCACUAGCUGCCAAGCGGGCAAGUUCUCGUCGACACAAGGCUCUACCGUUUGCACUGCCUGUGCCACCAACGCCGAUUCGCCCGCCAACAGCACACAGAUCACGGAUUGCACUUGCAAUCGCGGAUAUGUCGGGAGCGCCGGUGGCCCCUGUACAGCCUGUGGCAUUGGGUAUUACGAGGAGGCGGGGGUCUGCAAGUCGUGCCCUAUGCCCGGAAUCACGCUUCAGACCGCAUCUACGCUCUCCUCUCAGUGCCUGUGCAAUGCGGGAUACUACGGGACUACGGCUUGCCUGGCCUGCUCUGCGGGAUCUUACAAGACAGCAGUCGGAAUCAGGGAUACGACAGAUCUAUUGCAGCUUCCAGGAACAACAGUCACCAUGUCAAGCAACCCCUCCAACGCGGGCAGGGCCAUCGACGGUUCCGCGGCGACGUGUGCGACGACCUCGGUCGAGCUGGAUCCAACCUUCACCGCCACCCUGCCAGGCCCUUUCCUCAUCUCCGAGUUGGUGAUCACAUCGGGUGCCAACACCGCCAACGUGGAGGUCACAGUGGGGAAUUCGACGAUCAUCGCCACCAACGCCAUCUGCAGCAGCUACAAUACGCUGUCGGGAACAUCCUCCGUGCCCUGCAGCGCAACGGGGUCGAUCCUGACCAUCCAGGCCGUAGCGGCGGCUGACAGCCUCUCGUUGUGCGAGGUGCAUGCCUACGGAUCCUGCACGACCUGUCCUCCUCACACGGUUACGCUGGCCACCGCCUCUUCCUCGCUGUCCGCCUGUGUGUGCGACAAGGGAUACACUGGCAGCGGGGGUUGGUCGUGCAAUGCCUGCAUCAGCGGCAAGUAUAAGGACACCACGGGAAGCGCUGCCUGCUCUCCUUGCAUCGCCAACAGCGAGAAUGGUGAGGCGGAGGUCUCAUCAGGCAGCUGCCUCUGCAAGCCAGGGUUUGAACUGCGCUCGGGUGCCUGCACGGCCUGCAAUGCAUCUGCCUACAAGGACUUCACCGGCAAUGGCGGCUGUUUGCUGUGCCCUGCAAAUACCGUCUCUACGGGCUCGCGGGACGAUAUCUCUCUCUGUGUAUGCAAAGCGGGAUACUCUGGAGUGGACGGGGCGGCCUGCAAUGCGUGCCCUGCAGGGAGCUACAAGUCUGGCACGGGAUCGGGGGCAUGCCAGCAGUGCCCGGAAAACACCUACCAGCCGGCGUUGGCGGCAACGGCGUUAUCCUCCUGUAGCUCCUGCCCUCUGAACUCGAACAGCAGCGCAGGAUCCACUGUGAAGAGCAGCUGUGUAUGUCUGCCAGGCUUUCAGCCCGGUGGCGAUUACUGCCAGCAGUGCCCCGCGGGCAAGUUCAAGAGCACAUUGCUGAUGGAGCCCUGCAGUGAAUGCCCGGAGAACACAUUCUUGCCAUCCACGGCAUCCACCUCUGUGCUGCAAUGCCAGCAGUGCCCGGGCAAUGCCAUCUCUCCAUCUGCAAGCCCUGUGUCAGACAGCUGUGAAUGCAUCAAGGGCUACCGGAAUGAUUCAAGACUGUUCCUCUGCCUGGCCUGUGAUAUCGGAACCUACAAGGAUUCUGUAUCCAACACCGCCUGUUCUCCCUGCCCGAUUCAUGGCAGCACGGCCGCGGAGGGGUCCGUUUCCUUCAGCCAGUGCAGCUGCAAUGCCGGGUAUCAGCUCUCGGGCAGCAGCUGCCUGGAUGUGAACGAGUGCACGGCAUACUCGUCUGCCUGCAUGCUGAAUGCCGACUGCCAGAACACGGAAGGCUCCUACACCUGCACCUGCAGGGUGGGCUGGCAGCUAUCCGGCAGCGCCUGUGUUGAUAUCGAUGAGUGCUCGCUGGGCAGCGACAGCUGCGAUCUCGCCACGACCACCUGCCGCAACACCCUCGGCUCCUUCCAGUGCGAUUGCGAUGCUGGUUACACAGUGGGGCCGUCGGUGUCGAGCUGUGUGAAUAUUGACGAAUGCCUGAACGCAUCCUCCGUCUGCCAGAACAACAGCGCAUGCUUCGACACGAUCGGGAGCUUCUACUGUGUCUGCAACCCGGGCUUCAGCACAGAGCCCUCUGGCCUGUGCCUGAACAUCGACGAGUGCCUGCUGGAUCCGGCGCCCUGCGAUCCGAUGGCGACCUGCACGGACACGCAGGGGAGCUUCACCUGCACCUGCCCGGUGGGUUACAGGCUCUCUUCUUCCAACCUCUGUGUUGACCUGAACGAGUGCCUUGCUGUGAACAACUGCAGCAUAGACGCAACCUGCACCAACACGAUUGGGAGCUACGAGUGCGCGUGCAAUGAGGGCUUCCGUGGCCCGGGAACGUACUGUGAAUGUGCGAUAUGUGUCGAUUGCGUUGCCGGCUCGUACUGUUACAACGGCAGCGUCUAUGUCUGCCCUCCUCACUCGUCCUCCCCGACGAAUGCCAUGACGGAUUAUUUCUGCGACUGCUUCGCGGGGUACUACGCCACGAGCUUCUUCCCCAAGGUCUGCGAGAUAUGCCCUCCUGAUCACUACUGCAACAAUCAGCAGAUGUACGAUUGCCCAACGGGAUCUUUCAGCGUUGCAGGGCAGGGAUCCAAGUACGGAUGCAUGUGCAAGCCGGGGAAUUACUUUGUCAACGACUCCGUGUUCUGCUACGAGUGCCCGUACGACUUCUUCUGCGGUGGCGGAUACACGGAGAAGCAGCCCUGCCCCAAUGGCACCUACUCGAAGAUGGGCAUCUCGAAGGUGAGCGAGUGUGCCUGCAAGCCUGGGACGUAUCUCCUCCCCAACGGUGAAUGCUACCCGUGCCCGGAGAAUUACUACUGUGCGGGCUCUCUGGACCCUGCGGUGAGGUGCCCAGAUCACACCUUCGCCUACAACCUCUCCUCCAGCCUGAUCAACUGCAUCUGUGAGGUUGGAUACAGCGGACCCCGGAGUGAGAACUGCUCUGCCUGCAUCCCCGGCACCUACAAACCGACGAGGAGCAUGUUGCAGUGCAGCAGAUGCCCGGCCAACACCUACCAGCCCAGGUAUGCACAGGUCUCUGUCGAAUCCUGCCUGCAAUGCCCGGAAUUCUCGCAAUCCGCCAACGGCACGGGCUCGAUCGGUGGCUGCCUGUGCAUCCCUGGUUAUUACAGGGUGGGGGAUGCCUGCGUCGCAUGCCCGGCAGGGUAUUACACCUCUUCUUACAACAGGACGUACUGCCAGCCGUGCGGAAACAACCAGUACUCUCUCAUUGUCGCCUCCAGCUCUUCAUCGAAUUGCAUCUCUUGCACGGCAAACAGCACCAGGCUGAGCCUCUCGCAGGCAGUGUGCGAGUGCAACGCUGGAUUUGAACCUUUCUACGGGGCAUCAACCUUCGGAUGCUCCUCCUGCGCCCUGGGCAGGUACAAGCCAUCGCUAGGCAAUGUCAGCUGCCUGUCUUGCCCGAGCAACACCUUCGGAAGCGCUGUUGGGAGCACCGCCUGCAGCUCUUGCCCUGCAAACUCUGUCUCUCCCGGCGGUUCGGUGGCCUUGGAGGAUUGCCUUUGCAUCCAGGGAUACGAGAGGGUGUAUAGCGGCGGUGCGUUUACUUGCAAGCAAUGCUGGCCUGGAACCUACAAGGAUGGCCUAACCGGACCUUGCCUCGAAUGCCCCGCCAACACCUAUCUCUCGGGUUACGGCAGUGUAUCCGUCCUGAAUUGCUCCUCAUGCCCACUGCACGCCGUGUCAGGGAAUCGUUCAAUCAGCAUCGGGAAUUGCAGCUGCACACCUGGGUUCCAUGUCGGGGGCGCUGGGUAUCCCUUCGAGUGCAUCGGGUGUGUACCAGGUUCCUUCUCCAUAGGGUAUAAUCUCACCCGCUGUGACCUGUGCCCUGUUGCGACCUUCUCUCCGGUUCCACUCGCCAGUGAUAGCAAGGUAUGCCAGGCAUGCCCACAGAACAGCACAAGUAAGGAUGGAUCCGGUAGCCAGUACGAUUGUCAUUGCAUGCAGGGAUUCCAUGGUCGGAACGGCACGGCAUGCCAGCCCUGCCCCGUGGGCACUUAUAAAAUCCCCGAGGGAGACUUUCCCUGCACCUUCUGCAGCGACGGUACCUAUUCCACCGUGCUCGCGUCUCCUUCCCCGACGGUCUGUACCGACUGCCCGGAGCACAGCACGAGCUUCCAGCCCUCCCUCGCGUACGUCUCGAGCUGCGUCUGUGUGCCGGGCUACACGGGGGGAUCCGGUGCUUGCAGCGCAUGCCCCAUUGGCACAUACAAGGCCACCUACGGCGCGGACUACUGCAGCCUCUGCCCCAACAACACCUACAGCGAGGCCGUGGCUGCCAAUGCCUCUGCAACAUGCCUGGAUUGCCGAUCCAACAGCAUCUCGCCCGCGGGCACCGGGAAUCGCAUGGGCUGUGAGUGUGUCAAGGGUUUUGCUUACGUGCCCGUGUGGGAUGAGUGCAAGGGUUGCUUCCCCGGUACGUACAAGUCAGAGGUCUCGAACCGGGCCUGUGUGAUUUGCCCGAACAGCACCUACAACCCGGAUCACGCAUCGCAGCAACUGUCCGAUUGCAGGGCAUGCAGGAACUUCUCCUUUGCACCGGCUGGCUCGAUCUCCAGUGCCAACUGCAGCUGCCUGCUGGCGUACGCCGACGUCGCUGGCACCUGUGUCUUCUGCCUUCCCGGGUACGUUGCCCGCACGAGCGGGUGUGAGCUCUGCCCCGCUGGGUCGAUCGGGGACGAUUCCAGGUUGAACUGCAUUGCCUGCCAGCCUGGGAAGUUCUCCAGCAACCGCUCGACGGCGUGCUACGACUGCGCCGUAGGGAGCUACCAGCAGCUCUCGAACCAGACGUUCUGCAGCGCCUGCCGUGCGGGGAGCUACUCGGCUGCCAUCGGCGCCAACAGCAGCGUGACCUGCAGGAAUUGCAGCGCUGGGUACCACUCCCCCUUUGCCGGCUCAUCCGUCUGCCAGCAGUGCCCUGGGGGCUACGCAUCGACUGUGGGCUCGGCGGAGUGUGUCCCCUGCGCUCCGGGGACCGUCUCCCUGCCAGGAUCGGGGGUGUGCGACGACUGCGAGGCAGGGAGAUACCAACCGGAACCUGCCAAGACAUCUUGCCUCACCUGCGGGACGGGGAGAUACCAAGAUUCCCUCGCCGGGACAUCCUGCAUCGCGUGCGACCCGGGUAAGUUCUCAGACCAGACGGGUGCUGGGACCGCCUCGGCAUGCCAGAAUUGUUCGGACGGUGAGUUCAACCCCUACCACAACGCGUCUGUCUGCGGGGUUUGCCUCCCGGGCUCUGCCUCCCCCGCUGGAUCCACGUUCUGCAGAGACUGCCUCCCAGGGUUCUUUGCAGAGUCUUACUUCUAUCACUGCCUUCCCUGCGGGGCGGGGUACUACAACACGAUCGAAAGGGCGUCUGCCUGCCUUGGCUGCGGUUACGGGAGGUACCAACCCUUGCUCGGGCAGACCUUUUGCGAUCUCUGCCCCCCGGGGACCUUUUCGGUUGCCAACGGAUCGGACAGCAUCUUGUCUUGUGAGAACUGCUCGGCAGGAUACUACGGUUGGGGCUACGGCCUCUCCACCUGCGGAAUGUGCAAGGGUGGCUUCUACUCACAUCCCGGGGCGACAAACUGCACGCGUUGCAGCCCCGGGUCUGUCUCUGGCGAUGGCUUCGGGUUCUGUGUCACCUGCCCUAGGCAGACCUACUCGGAUGCAUCCCAGACCACCUGCCUGAGGUGUGCCUCGGGAUACUACUCCUAUGAGGGCUCGACAAGCUGUCUGCAGUGUGACCAUGGGACUUUCCUCAACACCACCGGGUACCAUUGCGAUGUGUGCCCGAACAACACCUACUCGGAUCCCCUGAAGGUGGUUUGCCUGAACUGCCCAGAGGGCGCGGUGAGCAAUGCCAGGUCCAGCGACGUGAUGCAGUGCAGGUGCCCUGAUGGGUUCGAGGUCGCAUUCGUCGGCGGUGUGUGGGUGUGCAGGGCAUGCCUACAGGGAAGUUACAGGCAUGGCGACAUGCUGUCUUGCGCUCCGUGUGCAGCGGGAUAUUACGCGCCGGAGACAAACAUGAGCUCGUGCCAGGCAUGCGAGCCCGGGUAUUACCAGGAUGCCACGGGGGGUUUCUUCUGCAUACCCUGCGACUAUGUAACCUACCAGCCGACGUAUGCGGCGAACAGCUCUGCAUCUUGCCUCUCCUGCCCGAACCACUCGACGGCAUACACCCUGGCCAACCCGUCGAUCCUCGACUGCCAGUGCCUUGCGGGGUACGGGGCUGUCAUCACAGGGAACGACUCUCUCGUGUGCGAGCCGUGCAAGCUGGGGACUUCCAAGGCGGAUUCUUUCAACACCCCCUGCGAGGCCUGCAAGGCCGGUGAGUAUGCCGGUGAGCUAGCAUCGCUAUACUGCAAGACCUGCACAACGGGGACUUUCUCGAUCAACCCUGGGCAGUCCUCCUGUGCCAGCUGUCCUAUUGGGAAGUUCUCCUCGGAUCUCACGAUGAUCCUCUCCGGGUGUUACGAGUGCCCGCCGGGGAAGACAACCCUGGUGACGGGCUCGCAGUCGAUCUCCGCAUGCCAGUGCCUUGCCGGACACGAGCCAAACGGCGCCACAUGCUCCGCCUGCCUCCCCGGGUAUUACAAGCCAGGGAUCAACAACUUUGCAUGCAUCGCCUGCGAUGCCGGCACGUACCAGCCCUCCCUCGGGGCGGCAUCUAUCGGCGAUUGCAGGCCCUGCCCAUCAGGAUCCAACUCGCCGUUUGCAAGCACGGACAUUUCCAACUGUAUCUGCAAGGCUGGAUACGGGUAUGUCAGGGCAGUGGAGUGUGCCGCCUGCCCCCCGGGUUACAGCAAGCCCUACCUCUCCAACAGCCCUUGCUCUCCCUGCCCGGUGGGUUACUUCCAGCCCUCGGAGGCAAGCGUCGGGUGUUUGAGCUGUGUCACCGUCGGGCUUUACACCAGCACAAACUCCAGCGCGGCGGACACCUGGGAUCGGUGCCAGUGCAUCGACUCGUACGGGCUCAUAGCCAAGGAUGCCGUUGCUCUCACCAAGGUUUGCAGGCUCUGUCCGGUGCUAUCGUUCAAGAAGGGGCUCUCUGAUUCUCCAUGUCUGAACUGCAGCGCGAGCGACAGCAUCGCCAAGACCUACCGCGUUUCCAACUACGGGUGUGAGAUCAACUGCGAUGCGGGAUACAUCCUCGACACCGCCUUUGAUUCCUGCGAGCCCGCGGCCGGGGUGGUGCUGCCUGGGAUUGACGACGUCAGCUUCCGGAAGGUUUCCGUCGAUCAUCUCCACGAGAGGGUCUCGGGGCAGAUCCUCGUGCAGCACGACGAGUGUGACGUGUGCUGCAUGGAGUACAUCCGUGGCCUGAGAUGGAAUCCGUCGCUGCUGCCCUCCAGCCUGCUUCAGGUCAAUUCCACCUGCGGUUCGAUCAACUGCUCUUGCCGGACCUCCGAUUACGUGCUGUAUCGCAUCCCCGAUUGCCAGAUCUGCAAUUGUGAUGAAUGGACCAAGAACCUCUUCGAGGCCGCCCUCCCGUUCUACUACGACAGUUACAGCUUCAUGCAGCUCUCGGGUGAUCCUGCAGAGUAUAUGAAUUUCACACUGGACCUGCAGGCCCUCGGUGAUAUGCCAAACUGCACGGCAUGGGGGCAGACAACGCUCAACUGUUCGUUUUACAUUGCCGUGACGUUCCUCAAGCAGGAUCAGGUCUCGGACAUACGCUUCGAGACAGUCUUCCACCGCUUCUCCUACAGCCGAUCCGUCUCCGCCACCGUCAGCGUGAUGCAGAAAUGGACGAGCGACAGCAUCGAUUACCUCUCCAUGGACGUCUUCUCCUUCCCCGGCACCCCUGUGAGGGCGCUGAAGCUGUUCUUCCACGGACCAACGACCAUGCUUCUCCGCGGGCAGGCACUGACAUUCCUGCUCUCGCUGCAGGCCAGCAACGUCACUGGGUACCUCCCUGUCUGCCCCUCUCUCGCAGCCAUCCCCACCUGCUGGCUGGGCUCUCCCUGGCUGCAGGAUUCCGUGAUCCUCGACAAGUGGUCUGUGGGCGCUCACUGCGAGGCGCUGUUCCAAUGGCUGGCAGGGAGCUAUGCCUGGAUCUUCCUCGAGACGCCCUCUGUGGGCUUCGACGCGAUCAGGCUCUCCAUGCUGCUCUCCGAUGAGAGCCGGAGGUACACCUACACGGGCGUUGUGACGGCGGGGAGGGAGGGAUUCACCGGGGCAUGCCACGACACCCUGCAAGCCUUCGACAAGCGCAACCUCUCGGCCAGCGUGAGGGAGGGGCUCAACGGCACGUGGCGAGACUACAGCGAGGGGAUGGAGCUCUGGUCCGCCUCCGAUCAGCAGGCAUCGCUUGUGCUGGCGCUGCAUCACCCGGGGAUCACAGAGAUCGAGAUCGUGAUGAUACACGCGGUGGGGUCUCUGGUCAAGGACCUGUUGGACAACCUGGUGGUGCAGGGGAGGGUGUUCCAGACACAGGACAACAGCCAUUGGGUCUUCACCGACGCCUUCCAGCAGAUCUGCUUCGGGGACUUCCCUCAGAAUUGCAUCACGAGGACAUCCACGGUCGGGAUGCUGGACAUACUCCAUCUCCCCGACGACGAGGCGCUGUGCGAGGCUCAGGCCAGCGCGUGGGGCGUGAAGAACCUCCUGAUGCCGGCACAGGUCGGAUCUACGCUGUGCGCAGGAAGGGACGUGCAGACAACGAGCUACUUCCUCGUCUCCACCGCUUACCCCUGGCCGUCAGCCUUCCGGGAUUGGAUCGAGAGCAAUGGGCAGGUGUUUAGCUACGUGUAUGUCGCGGUGCCGAGCAGGCAGAGGGCGUUUUGGAUGGAACCGGGUUGGUGA